AAUGUAGUUCCUUUAUUAAAGUAGAACAAUAUUGCAUAAACAAACACGCGCCAGAUGCUACUUGAUUCAUCUUAAUGCCAUUUUACUGUACAAAGAUGGCGAAGAUCCUCAUGAAAUAUGGGAUUUAUAUAAUAAAUUUACUCUGUGCUAUUUGGAACAUACAGAGUGUAUAUGGAUUUCCUAACGGAGCACCAUGGGAUACAUGUCUUACAAUGUUUCCAAAGCACGGCAGGCAACGUCAAAUGACACCGUGUCCUUUCCAGAUGACACCUAAUACUACCAGAUAUUCUCCGUCAGAAUCUAUACAUUUAAUAGUAUCUGCAAGGACAUCUGGGGACACACUAAAGGGCAUUCAGAUUCGGGCACGGCCAAAGUCAGGAGACACAGAGAGAAUUGUCGGACAGUUUACAGACUGGCCAGCAAAUAAGACACACGCCUUAGACUGUCUUGGCGGUGAAAAGAACAUGAUAACGCACAGUAACAAUCUACCUGUUUCUUCAAUGCAUCUGAUAUGGACUGCACCGAACAUAUCAGUUGGUGAUAUUGAGUUCGUCAUCAGCUAUGUGCAGGACUUCACUAGAUUUUGGGUAGACGAGGUUGUAGAAUUGACAGCUACUGAAUUAAUUAGUGAGCCACAAACUGAACAGCUCUCUCCUACAUUUGAGAUAAUCGACUGGUCUGAAUGCGGGAAGAGUAAAGGCUGUUUCCUGUAUCCAAGAACAUGUUCCGGUCACGAUUGUUAUACCGCUGUCACCUAUAAAACAGUAAAUAACUCGGUGGAAUUUGAGAUGUUCGGGUCACAAGAAGGAUAUGUCUCUGUUGGCUUUUCUGACGAUAUAGUUAUGGGCCACGAUGAAACUAUUACCUGUACUUCAGAUGAAUCAGGUUGUGCUAUCCAACGCGGAUAUAACCACGAGGAACUCUACAACGAGCGGCAAUUUAAACACGGUUUGUUUGAUAUACAAGGAACAUACAAAGACGGUCGAUUGUACUGCAGGUUCAAACGUCCAUUGUCAAUGUUUGUUUACAUUGGAGAGGGGCAUAAAUUAAGGAAACAUUAUGACUUAUCCGAUAAUUAUUAUCUCAUGCUUGCAUGGGGUCCGAUAUAUAAAGGUACUGAAGUUAUUGGAAUACACGUGCAGCUACCUCUAAUAUCUUCUAGGAAAGUUAGUUUUCAAGAAAACGAAAUUAUCAGAGGAUCAUCUCUACCGUUGACUAAACAAAUUCAUGGGUCUUUGAUGUUGAUUGGCUGGAUGUGGCUAAUUGGUAUAGCAACCAUUGUAGCGAGACAUUUUAAAAAUGGUUUUAAUAAUAGAAUCGUAUGUGGAAGCAAAGUAUGGUUUCAGAUUCAUCGACCUCUGGCAAUCAUAACAUGGCUGUUAACUGUCGCAAGUUUCGUCUUGAUAUUUGUAGUAGUCGGCAAAUUGACAGAGAAUGCAGAAAUUCAUAGCUAUCUAGGUAUAACAGUGAUGUCUGCAUCAACACUUCAAGUAGUUAUGGGCAUUGUGCGACCAAAACCCGACUCCAAAAUAAGGGCGAUAUUUAUCUGGGGCCACUGGUUUUUAGGAAAAAGCACGAUUAUCAUAGCUGUUGUGACAUUUUUCUUCGCCUUUAACAACGACAUGAUACCGCAGCCUCAAACAUACUUUGCAAAUAUUGUUCUUGGUGUGUUCGUGGGUCAGCAAGUGCUUUGGGAGGUUUGGUUUGAAAUUAACAAGAACUGGCAGCUGAAGAAAGCUUCAGAAAAAUACGAAUUAAAAGACAUGUCUAAAACGGGUGGACAAAGUGGCGGGAAGAAGCUGCACGAUGAUUACGUGAAUCCUUCGACCUCGCCAUCUACACCUGAUAAAGCCCUUGUUUUAUACACUUUAUGCAUUAUGAUAAUCUCAGCUGCCGCUUUAGCGUCUGUGUUUCUGUUCUAAAUGUGUUUAUUUCUAUAUUAUAUUCACAAAAAUAACACUCCGAACAACUAACUGUGUUUCUGUUCCAGAUGUGUUUAUUUCUAUAUUAUAUUCACAAAAAUAACACUCCGAACAACUGUGUUUCUGUUCCAAAUGUGUUUAUUUCUGUAAUAUAU